AUGUGCGGUUCUGAUAAGAAAUUGGGUGAAAUACGUGCUCUCAUACUAGUUGGCGGAUAUGGGACCCGUCUACGACCCUUAACUUUAAGUAGGCCUAAGCCAUUAGUGGAAUUCGCUAACAAACCAAUUUUAAUGCAUCAAAUUGAAGCGUUAGUUGAUGCAGGGGUGACGCAAGUAAUUUUAGCUGUCUCAUACAGAGCAGAGGAUAUGGAAAAGGAGUUAAGUGAACAAGUGUCGAAACUUGGUGUAUCUUUAAUGUUUUCACAUGAGACUGAACCACUUGGCACUGCUGGACCUCUAGCUCUAGCAAGAGAAUUGUUAAGUGCGAGCCCUGAGCCAUUUUUUGUACUGAACUCUGAUGUUAUAUGUGACUUCCCCUUUAAGGAGCUGGCUAAAUAUCACAGAAGUCAUGGAAAGGAAGGAACAAUAGUAGUAACAAAAGUUGAAGAACCAUCCAAAUAUGGUGUUGUAGUGUACAAAGAGAAUGGGGAAAUUGAAAGCUUUGUUGAGAAACCACAAGAAUUCAUAUCUAAUAAAAUAAAUGCAGGAAUGUACAUACUUAACCCAUCUGUUCUUAGUAGAAUAGAGUUGCGUCCAAUGUCAAUAGAGAAGGAGGUGUUUCCUUUCAUGGCAAAAGAUGGAGAGUUGUAUGCAAUGGAGUUACAAGGAUUUUGGAUGGAUGUUGGACAGCCUAAAGAUUUCCUAACUGGUAUGUGCUUAUACCUCACAAGCUUACGUCAGAAAAACUCAGACAUGCUGCACGACGGGCCCGGGGUGGUGGGCAAUGUUCUCAUAGACCCUACAGCUACUAUUGGCAAAGGUUGUAGAAUAGGUCCAAAUGUCACUAUAGGACCAAAUGUCGUUAUUGAGGAUGGUGCUUGCAUAAAACGCAGUACAAUCCUUCGUGGGGCGGUAGUGCGGCAACACGCGUGGCUCGACGGCUGCAUAGUUGGGUGGAAGUCUGUAGUGGGACGAUGGGUGCGAAUGGAAAAUACAACGGUACUCGGUGAAGAUGUUAUAGUAAAGGAUGAACUAUACGUGAAUGGUGGCCAAGUACUACCGCACAAGUCUAUUGCGUUAUCUGUGCCAGAGCCACAAAUUAUAAUG